AUGGAUAGUGGGGGCAAUAAAACAAAUCAAGAAGAAAUUAAUGUGCCAGGACCGUCAACUUGUAAUCCUAUUGACGAUUAUGAAGCAAUUCAGAUCCAGCAGGAUGAGAUAGAAAAAAGUAUAAAAGAAAGUGGACCACUCGUUGGCGAGCCCGAGCCUAUUACUGUACUUGCCGAAGAUUUUUCAGAUCAUCCUAUUUAUUUGGUCAAACUUGAACAAAUUAAACAGAAGUACAGUAAGAUUCGACGACUACGUCGUGAUGGCAACUGCUUUUAUCGUGGCUUUGGUUUUGCCUAUUUAGAAUAUCUUGCUAAGGGUAACCGAACGGAAGAAUUUAAAAAGUUUCUAAGUCGUUGCGAUGAAUGUAAAGAUGCUUUACUUAAAAGAGGCUAUACUGAUUUUACUGUUGAAGAUUUUCAUGAUCAGUUCACAACAUUCGUGAAAAGCCUGGAAAAUAACGAACAGGCCCUAUUAAAUUUGCAAGAAAGAUUUACAAAUUCUGGUUAUUCUGAUUACUUCGUGGCAAGAUUAAACUCUGUAAAUGUUGACAAUUUGUUUAGACUUUGCGUUUCUAGCUAUAUGCAACAAAAUGAAGAUUUCUAUAUUAACUUUAUAACCGAUGACAGGACCGUUAAAAAGUUUUGCGAAAUGGAAGUUGAACCUAUGGGCUUAGAAAGCGACAAUAUUCAUAUAUCAGCUCUAGCAAAAGCUUUAGACGUUCCAAUUAAUAUCGAGAAUUGCCAGCUAUCCGGUAACUUGAACGAAAUUUACAUCCCGGGUCAUAAUGAUGAAAAUUCUGAUGGAAGCCCUUGCCCUUCUCCUGUAACGUUGCUUUAUCGACCCGGACACUACGAUAUUUUUGAUCAAUGCGGUGUUUUGAGUGAAAUUCUACGCACUCUUAAGUCGCAGCAACAGCAGUAA